AUGGAAAAAUAUUUUCAAGAAUUUCCAAUAAUGAAAGUUAUUAUGAAUGAUGACAAGCUCGAAUUUAUUCCAUUCAUAGAAAGCGAAGAUUUUAUUGAAGAUCUGAUCAUUUUUUAUGGUCCUUAUCCUAUUCACUAUGACGAUUAUUUGACAUAUCUUGAUAUUUGCUGCUUUUAUGGUUCAGUGCAUUGCUUCAAACUUUUGAGAACUAAAUUUAACUCACAAAUUAGAACAGAAUCACUUGAACUCGCGUUUUUAGGGGGAAAUCCAGAGAUUAUCAGUGAAUGCUUAAAAGUUAUCAGACCAAACAGGCAUUGCAUGGUAAAUGCAAUCAAGUCACAUAACAUCGAUUUUGUCACAUAUUUGCGAAAUGAAUUUGAAAUUGAAAUUGGAUUAUCUACAUGUGCAUACUAUAAAAAUCUUCGUGCAUUUUUAGUAUAUUUAGAUCUAACAAAUGACAUCAACACUUGCUUUAUUUAUUCUCCACUUUUCCAAAUUCAAUCGCUAUGCGAAUAUCUUCUUUCGCAAGGUGUUGAUUUUCGUUCAAAGGAUGAAGCUCGUUCGGCCCUCUUCAGUGCAUUAAGGUCCAAUAGGUUAGAAUUUGUUAAUUUACUUAUUUCACUUGGUGCUGAUAUCAAAGCUCAAAAUAAUUAUGAUCAAACUCCGCUUGUCUCUGCAGUAGAAAGUAAUAAUAUAAAAAUUAUCGAAUUACUUAUUUCUCACGGAGCAGAAAUUAACGUGGCAAAUAAGUGGGGUAUUUAUCCAAUUCAAAAGGCAAUAGCAAGACAAAAUAAAGAAAUUGUUGAGCUAUUAAUCUCGCAUGGCGCAGAUAUUAAUGUAAAAUUUAGAAACGGCUCUUAUCCAAUUCAUGACGCUUUGUGUGAAAAAAAUAUUGAUAUAGUUAAACUUUUGAUUUCACAUGGUGCAGAUGUUAAUUUAGAAAAUGAAAGAGGAGUAGCACCCCUUUUAAUAGCCGCAAGAAAAGAUGAUAAAGAAGUGGUGGAACUUUUGAUUUCUCACGGAGCUGAUAUCAAUAAACAAAAUAUUCACGGAAACACUGUUCUUGACGAAAUAUUUUACUGGAAAUCAAAUAAAAUAAAGCAUUUCCUGAUUUCAAAAGGAGCAAUUCAUGGCGCUAAAUGGACUGAACAUAAUCGGUCUCAAGGAAAAUGUUUGCUUACAUGA